AUGCCCAAGCGUAUCCCUGUUUGGCUCGACUGCGACCCCGGCCACGACGAUGCCGUCGCCAUCCUCAUGGCGCUACAGCUGCCCGACAUCGACCUGAAGGGCAUCUCGUGCGUCUUUGGCAACGCCUCGCUCGACAACACGGUCACCAACGCCGCGCGCUGCCUCGUCGCGUUCGGGUCACCCGAGCAGGCGCAGCGCACGCCAAUCUACGCCGGCGUGGCCAAGCCCCUCAUCCGCCUCGUGCGGCACGACGACGAGAUCCACGGCGAGGACGGCCUCGGCGGCGUCGAGGGCCUCCCGGCGCGCGACGACCCAGCCGUCGUCGCCAAGCUCGACGAGACGCGCGGCAAGUCGGCCGUCCUCGCCAUGGCCGACGCGGCGCGCUCGCUCCCGGACGGCGAACAGCUCGCGCUCGUCGCGACGGGCGCCAUGACCAACGUCGCCUUGUUCGUGUCCAUGUUCCCGGACCUCGUGCGCGACAAGGUGGCCCAGGUCGUCGUCAUGGGCGGCGCAGAAGGGCGAGGGAACCGCUCGCCGACGGCCGAGUUCAACAUCCUGAUCGACCCGCACGCCGCGAGCAUCCUGUUUGACGCCGAGGUGCCCGUCGUCAUGGCGCCCCUCAACGUCACCCACACGGCCCUCUUCCGCCCACACGACAACCACAGCCUCCUCGUCCCUCCCUCUGCGCUCCCUUCCCUCCCCGAGACGACGCCCGACGCGACCGCCUCGCCCUCCAAGGCCCACACGCCCCUGCGCCACACGCUCUCGACGCUCCUCACUUUUUUCGCCAAGACGUACGCCGACGUGUUUGCGUUCGACGAGGGCCCGCCCGUGCACGACGCGCUGUGCAUCGCGUACCUUGCGCGCCCGGACUUGUUCAAGGGCAAGCGGUACAGGGUCGACGUCGAGCUGCAGGGCGAGCACACGACGGGCACGACGGUCGUCGACCUGUGGGAGUACAAGAAGGACGAGCUCGUCGAGUGGAAGAAGGACCCGGACAGCCGGGCGAGCUGGGGACGGUUCGGCAAGAACGUGUUCGUCCUCGAGGAGCUCGAUGUUCCCGAGUUCUGGAAGCUCUUUCAGCAGACGGUCGACGCGGCCGACAAGGUCUCGCCGCUCAACGCGCAGAAGUAG